CGUUGUCUUCUCUGUCGGCGUCCAUUUUGGGCGUUAUUUGUGUGCAAAGAGUGGGACGUAAUCUAUGGACGACUCGCGAAAUGGAGACAAACGUCGCGACAAUUGAAUCGGAUUUCGGCGAAGACUUGAGCGCCAGUUGUCUCGUGACGUCCAAUAAGGAGAACAUAAAUGGCUCGCAAUCGUCGCAAAGACAUCGCUUCAAAGUCGUGAAACUCGUCUCAUCGGAGCCCUAUUUGAGGGGCCGUUGGAAUUGCAAGGACUUCAUCAGCAAAGACGGCGACCCGACGACAACAGUCGUCACGACGACCGCCAACGAGGCCGUCAUCUCCACAGCACAGCAGCCGACGUCCGUCGCCGUCGCCUCUCAGCAGACGAGUGUCACGACGACGACGACAACGACGACGACAGGCGGCGACUCCUCGACGACACCGAACGGCGUCGCCAUCGACAACAAGAUCGAGCAGGCGAUGGAUCUCGUGAAGAGUCACCUGAUGUUCGCCGUUCGCGAAGAAGUGGAUGUUCUGAAGGAACGAAUCAAAGAACUCGAGUCCGAAAUUCACAUUCUGCGCGCUCACGCCACCAGCGAUGUCCUGCAACUCGUGCUGCAACAGCAACAGCCGGGGGCGCCGCCUCCCGUCGCGCAGCCGCAGAGUCAGCCGUCGGGAGGAGCGCCGCAAACGGAACGCCAGUCGGAGUGA